AUGAUUAUUCCGGUUCGCUGCUUCUCUUGCGGCAAGGUGACGGGCGACCUAUGGGAACGUUAUCUCAAACUCAUCGACGAUGGUAUCGCUGAUGGAGACGCCAUGGACGAGCUCGGUCUGAAACGCUAUUGUUGUCGCCGCAUGGUCAUGACGCACGUUGAUUUGAUCGAGAAGCUUCUGAAAUAUACUCCGGACGGCCGUAAUGAGAAGAAGAACAACCUGGCUGCAUGA